GCCUGGGCAGCGGGAUGGUCUACUUGCCCGCAGUGGUCAUGGUGGGAAGGUAUUUUCAGAAGAGACGAGCCCUGGCCCAGGGCCUCAGCACCACAGGGACAGGAUUUGGGACCUUCCUGAUGACCGUGUUGCUGAAAUACCUAUGUGCAGAGUAUGGCUGGCGGAAUGCCAUGUUCAUUCAAGGUGCUGUGUCCUUGAACCUGUGUGUCUGUGGAGCGCUCAUGAGGCCUCUCUCUCCUGGAAGGGUAGAAAGCUGCUCAGGACGGGAGGAGCCGAGUGCCCUCCCAACUCACUCGACUGAAUCUGUGAAGUCAGGAGGACCACUGGGUGUGACUGAAGAACAGGAGAGAAGGCUUGGGAAUGAGGAGACGGUCUGUGACCUUCAAACACAGGAGAGUCAAGGUCAAACCCGUCCCAGGAAGAACAUGUGUGCCUUCCGGGUUCUGAAGACAGUGAGCCAACUUACUGUGCGGGUCCAGAGGGGCUUCAGGGAUUGGUACUCGGGCUACUUUGGGACAGCCUCACUCUUUACCAACCACACAUUUGUAGCCUUUAUUUUCUGGGCUCUGUUCGCAUAUAGCAGCUUUGUCAUCCCCUUCAUCCACCUGCCGGAAAUCGUCAGUUUGUAUAACUUGUCGGACCAAAACGAUGUGUUCCCUCUGACCUCGAUCAUAGCAAUACUUCACAUCUUGGGGAAGGUGAUGCUGGGGGCCGUGGCUGACCUCCCCUGUAUCAGCGUCUGGAACGUCUUCCUCAUUGCUAACUUCACCCUCGUCCUCAGCAUCUUCCUGCUGCCGUUGAUGCACACCUAUGCGAGCCUGGCUGUCAUCUGCGCCAUGAUUGGGUUUUCUAGCGGGUAUUUCUCCCUCAUGCCCGUGGUGACAGAAGACCUGGUUGGCACUGAGCACUUGGCCAAUGCCUAUGGCAUCAUCAUCUGUGCCAAUGGCAUCUCAGCCUUACUGGGACCACCAUUUGCAGGGUGGAUCUUCGACAUCACACAAAAGUACGACUUUUCCUUUUAUGUGUGUGGUUUGCUUUACAUGGUAGGAAUAGUCUUUUUGCUCAUUCAGCCGUGUAUUCAGAGGAUAGAACAGUCCAGAAGGAAGUACAUAGAAGGUGCACAUGCUUAGUGUCAUGGACCUUUUCGUGUGGAUUCCCUCCUCGUGCCUACCUCACCUGGCUGCUAGAGGGACGCUCUGUGUGGUAACUGGCGGUGUCUUGUGAAUGCCAUUGUCCUCACUUUGUCUGUCCUCGAAUGGCCUCUCUGCAGAGGUGUUUUAGAGAUGAUGGUGUCUAUAGCUUAUGAAAUAGUCGAUACAGACACCCGUAGGAAAACUUUCGAGCCAGGCAUGGUGGCAAACACCUGUAAUCCCAGCUCUCGGUGGAGGUGGAAAGGUCAGAGGCUCAAGACUAGUCCCUGUUACCUAGUGAGUUCCAGGCCAGCCUGGGCUACAUGAGACCCCGUCAAAAAACAAACAAAAUAGACCCCACCUUCUCUUUUUCUUUCUCCUACUUUCUCUCCCCCCCUCUUCCUCUAUUUCUCUCCAUCCCUGCUCCCUCUUCCUCUCUCCUCCUCUCUCUCUCCUCUUGUCCACUGGGGCUAAGGUUUUACAUACAUAGACUGGAAAUAAAGGCUUUGUAACUCAACCACUUCUUCAUUAGGCAAAACCCAAGUGUCUAUAUUUCCACAAAUGGUCCAGAUGAAUGGGCUUUGAACAUGAGAAUAUGGGUUUCAUAAAUUAAUUCUUACAAGGAGUUACUGGAAUGCUGGUAUCAUUUCAAAAGCAAUGUAGUCUGUGAGCUGCAGAGAUGGUUAAGAGGUCUGGACUGGAGAGGACUGGAGUUCAUCUCUCAGCACCUACAUUUUGGUUCACAACCACCUAUAACUGCAGUCCCAGGGGACCAGACACCCUCUUCUGGUCUCUUGUAGCCACUGCACUCAUGUGGUGCACAUAUAUGCACUCAGACAAAACAUAC